CUUUGUUUUCUUUUCUUUCUUUAUAGACAGACGUUUUCUUUCUAUAAAUUUUUAACUACACCUCUCUCCACUGAACAAUUUUUUCUCCUCUCCUCUUAUUUCUUUCUGAUCAAGACUUGGAUCUCAUCAGCAUAUUCUAUAAAGGGUUUUUGGAAGUGUAGAUUCAAUUAAUGGCGAAUAUUGAUAUUGAAGGGAUCUUAAAGGAAUUACCAAAUGAUGGUAGAAUUCCAAAGACAAAGAUUGUUUGUACACUUGGACCAGCUUCUAGAUCUGUUGAAAUGAUUUCAAAGCUAUUGAAAGCUGGAAUGAAUGUUGCUAGAUUCAAUUUCUCACAUGGGAGUCAUUCAUAUCAUCAAGAGACUUUGGAUAAUCUUAAAAUUGCUAUGCAGAAAACUGAGAUCAUGUGUGCUGUUAUGCUCGAUACUAAGGGACCUGAGAUCCGAACUGGAUUCCUUGUGGAUGAAAAACCUGUUCAACUUAAAGAGGGCCAGGAAGUUACAAUCUCCACAGACUACGACUUGAAAGGGGAUGGAAAGACAAUUACUAUGAGUUACAAAAAGCUUCCAGAAGACGUGAAGCCUGGAAAUACCAUCUUGUGUGCCGAUGGAACCAUCACGCUCACUGUGUUGUCUUGUGACGUAGGUGCAGGAACUGUGAAAUGUCGAUGUGAGAACACUGCUGUCCUAGGAGAGAGAAAGAAUGUAAAUCUCCCUGGUAUCGUGGUUGAUCUCCCCACUCUUACAGAGAAGGACAAAGAGGACAUCAUGGAAUGGGGUGUUCCCAACAAGAUAGAUAUGAUUGCUCUAUCGUUUGUGCGCAAGGGCUCAGAUCUUGUCAAUGUCCGAACGCUCCUUGGACCACAUUCAAAAAGCAUUCAGCUGAUGUCAAAGGUUGAAAAUCAGGAAGGAGUGGUCAACUUCGAUGAGAUCCUUCGCGAGACAGAUUCUUUUAUGGUUGCUAGAGGUGAUCUUGGGAUGGAGAUUCCAGUAGAGAAGAUCUUUCUUGCACAGAAGAUGAUGAUCUACAAGUGCAACCUUGUUGGGAAGCCUGUGGUCACUGCCACCCAGAUGCUUGAGUCGAUGAUCAAGUCCCCAAGACCCACCAGGGCUGAAGCCACUGAUGUUGCCAAUGCUGUCCUAGACGGUACUGACUGUGUCAUGCUCAGUGGUGAGAGUGCUGCCGGGGCCUACCCAGAGCUUGCCGUGAAGAUCAUGGCCAGGAUAUGUAUCGAAGCUGAAUCUUCCCUUGAUUAUAAUGCCAUCUUCAAGGAAAUGAUUAGGUCUACCCCACUUCCAAUGAGCCCGUUGGAAAGUCUUGCCUCUUCUGCUGUCCGGACAGCUAACAAGGCUAGAGCCACCCUUAUUGUUGUGAUGACUCGUGGUGGAACUACAGCAAAGUUGGUAGCUAAGUACAGGCCAGCAGUACCAAUCCUUAACGUAGUGGUCCCAGUUCUGACAACUGACUCCUUCAACUGGACCUGCAGUGAUGAAACUCCAGCAAGACAGAGUCUUUGCUACAGAGGACUAAUUCCGUUACUUGCCGAAGGUUCAGCCAAGGCCACAGACACGGAAUCAACUGAGGUGAUUCUGGAAGCUGCCCUCAAGUCUGCAACUAAGAGGAAUUUGUGCAAACCUGGGGAUGCAAUUGUGGCACUCCAUCGUAUUGGGGGAGCCUCAGUCAUUAAGAUCUGUGUUGUGAAGUCUUAAGUAUUGACGUCGUGAAGUAAAUCAGAUGACAGUUAUUUUGGGAGGGUAAUGAAACACUUCUGCUGCUAUUUUCUGGACCUUCUAUACGAUAUCUUUUUGCUUUAGUAUAAUUUGGAGAAGUUAUCUUCCUCUGCUUAUGUUUCCUUCUUUUCCUUAUCUUUUAUUCCUGGCCCUGAAAACAUUUCUUGGUUUAAAGAUAUUUAGGGCUUUAAUGAUGUAGGUGUAGGGUAACUACUGUUCCUUGGAUUACAUUUGAAAACAUUGGCCAACCAUCAGUUGUGUUUGGCAUUUUGUAGCUCUCUUUCUCAACUUUUAUGUUUUUUGCCUGUGUAAUAAGUUGAGAGUAUCUAUCUACGGGGCCUCGUCGG